AAGACUCGACUCUCACUCGCUGCUGGGCCAGGUCGCAGCUGCGGCCUGCGACAAGUGCCUCAUGCUCAUGCUACACCUGUCUGCAUGCAUCGUGCAGACAACGAGAGCUGGCAUGCAGCGGCUCGCGCAAAGCCAGAUGCGUCUGCGAAGCAGCGGCGCGUCCAUCUCGGCCGCCGGCGCGGACCUGAGGCUGCAGCCGCUGCAUCCGCUGCUGCCUUCGCGCUUCUGGCCUUCUGCCACCAAGCACCGCGCCGUCAUGCGAGCUUAGCGCCGUCCGGGAGCAAGCGUCUUGGUAGGCCCGCCAGUGGUGCGCCACACCGCUGCACGCUCGCUGUCAGUUCUGCACGACGAAUUAGCGAUUCUUUAUUGCUCUCCAAAGUCUGCGAGUGGGAAGAGGGUAUGAGCGCUGCGAGAGGAGGAAGCCGCGGCUGCUGCUGCGGCAAGCUCGACUCACCGGAACAGAGGCGUGCCGCAAAGCCAUCCCACGAGCGCAGCCAGUCCGGCGCCUGGGUCGCCUGGCUGCCCACCGCAUAGCUGCCCGUCUCGCCGAGCGCCGCGUGCGCCAUGGUGCGCGGCGCGCCGCCCAUGUGCGAGAGGGCCCAGGCGAUGCGCCGGCCGUCGUCGUCGAUGCCGUCGCGCUGGAAGAUGAGCUCGGCCUGGAAGAGCCAGUCGUGCAGCAGGGCGGCGUCGCCGGCCCAUGUCUCGCUCGGC